AUGGUUGAUGUUCCUUUUCCCCAGGAGCCUCAUCCAAGUAUGAGAAUGCAGACCGGUUAUGGAUUUAAUACAAUUUCUGAUGAGGAAAUAAGGGAGAUUGCACAAGCACUAGCGGAAAGUGAUGCUACAGGAGGUGGUAGCGGUAUAUCUGAAGCUGAACUACGGGAGAUUGUAAAUGCAUUGCAGGAGACUACUUUGUGUGACACAGCUGGGAGGAUCAGUCAACUAGAGAAAGGCGAUAAAAGUUCUGUUGUGAACAUUGCAGUACUAGGAGAAUCUGGCUCCGGAAAGUCCACUUUUAUCAAUGUCAUCCGAGGUCUUGAUGAUGAUGAAGUUGAGGGUGCUGCUAAAACUGGAGUUGUAGAAACCACAAAAUAUCCAACAGCUUAUCCACAUCCAAAGUAUAAAAAUGUGUUGUUUUGGGACCAUCCUGGCUCAGGAACCCCUGGUUUUGACUUUGAUACCUAUUUAAAAAGUGUUAAUGCCCAUCAAUACAACUUCUUCAUCAUUGUAGCUUCUGGAAGAGUUAGACACAAUGACAUGGAAUUGGCCAAGGAGCUCUGGUCAAUGGGGAAGAAAUUCUUCUUUGUGAGAAACAAAAUUGACUCCGACUUGAAGGCCAGCAAACUUCGUAAAAGGAAGACUUAUAAUGAGGAAAGGAUAUUGACAGAUGUUCGGACUAACUGUAUGAAAAAUCUGAUGGACUGUGGAAUACGACUGCCAGUUGUAUUUCUGUUGUCUUGCCUAGAGCUGGAAAAAUAUGACUUUCAUUUCUUAAAGAAGACCCUAGAAAAAGAUGUUAUGAAACAAGAAAGAUAA